AUGGCAGAUGCGCCACAAGAUCAGGCGCUUCCAUUGGCCAGCUUGAGCGCCAGUCGUCGAAUCUCCAGGGCUGGCGAGACACAGGAGGAUGCCCUGACCGACCCGAGAAAGAAGACAGAUUCAGAGAAGCUGGCAGAGGACUUGGAAAAGCUGAAGGUGAAGAUCAUCCCCAGUAUGGUGAGCACAGUGGAGUACAACAUCGGCGACAGCAUGCAAUCUUCUCACUUGAUCUAUUUCACAAACCAGCAGGCCUUUGGCGUGUCGCAGCAGCAAAUGCCAAGCGUACGAAAAGCACUACGCAUUCGAGAGCCCAAGCUUGUGAUCCGCUUGCUGCCAUCGACUGGGCAGAUCUAUUGGGAAGCCCGAAAGAACGUGCACUUGGCUUCUGGGGGCUCAGCGGCACCUCCUAAACGACCGCCAGAAAUCCCCGGCCAAGCCCUGGACGUGGAGCAUCGCCUGCUGCUGCUGGCCAAAGAAGUCCUGUUGCCUUUGGCCUUCAGAGCCUCUGCAUUGAUCAUCGGAAGCAGCCUGUGUAGCAUCACCAACGCCUUUGCCAGAGCCAGUGCGCCGAUUCAGCGGCGAUUGGGCGAAGACUGCCCCUUCCGCGUGGUCAUUUGGGACCAUGCACCGUGGCUGUGGAAAAGUGCUUCUUCAGAAGGGAAUGGACUGUCAAAGCAGGCAUGGAAAACGUCGGAUGCGUGGCAGAGAGCAGACUUUCGGAAGUGCAUGCAGAGUAUGCAUGGCUCGGAUCCGAGCUUGUGGCCGCAGAAGAAUCUUGUGGAGGGAGCCGCCGCCUACCUCAUCUUCGAGUCGAUGGAGCCAGAUGGGCUGCCAGACCCCCGCCCCGGCGAGCAAUUCAUGAACAGGUUUGUUGCUUCAUUGCAGAGCCACUUGCCGGUGGUUGCCCUUUGGACUCACGGAAAAGGAAGUCUAAACACCCUCAGCCAAGCUGCCGACCACGUUAGCUACGGACUGCCGCUGGUGCUGCUUGACAGCCGCAGCAACUGGAAGUUUCCGGAUGACAUCGUGGAUGAAGAGGAGGAAGUCCCCCCUUCGGCGGAUGAUGGCAUAGAGGCGGCAGACGCUCCAGUGGCAGCCAGAGCGCAGAAGAACUGCUUGGACUGCGAGCUGACAAAGGUACAGCGAAGGCUUGAGCAUAUCUGCGAAGCUUUGGCGGAGGAGAGCCUAGUGGACACAUACAGCGCCUCCGCCCUUGCCUGCAUUCGCUGCGCCCUGGAUCGGGGCCAGGCCGAGAAACAAAUGGCCGAGAGCUACCUGGAGAUCCGCAACAAACCUUACGACCAACUCUGGCUGGGAGAGGCUAUAGACAAGGCGCGACUCCAGACAAACACCUGCAGUUCUGACCGUGACGUCAGCACCAUGAAGGCCGUGGAGAUGUUCUUGCGAUAUGCUGGCAAACAGCAGCGCCUAGAGGCACGCAUCUUCAGGGACAUGCUGGAGGAAGGCAUUGCGGCUAUUUUGGACUCGCAGGACUUUCAGAGUCUAGAGGCGAACUGGCUCCUGAACCGGCACAAGCUUCAAUGGGCCAUUGGAUUCAAUCCAAGUUGCCUCUUCAAAAGAACGGUGAACGGCAUUCCUCUUGCUUGUUUUCAGGGGACUCCAGAAGAGGCUGGCAUCUUCACGAGCGAGGUCCUUGUGAACGUGAAAGAACUGCAAGAGGGAGCUACGCUGGAGGAGGUUUUGGAAUCCAUUCAGGAGGCCUGCGAUGAACUCGCUGCCAUCAACGCGGCGCACGAUGAGAAGUACAUGCACGAAGAGCUCUUUUGCCACAAUCAGAGGCUUUGGCUGGCAACGCGCAACAUCCUCACCAGCAGCUCUGUGUUUGUCAGCGGUAUUGACCACGUGGAGCAGAUCAGGACGCUUCUGAACGAGCAAGCCAAAACCGAUCGCCUACCAGCACACAACACUUUGCAGGGCUUGCUUCUGCUACGUUCAGCUUGGAACUUGUACGAUUUGUUUGCAGGAGUGGCCCUGAAGUACAAACGACUUACAAAGCUGUCAUAUGUUCUGGUGAUGGUCCUUGGCGUGGUGGUGAUUUUUAUUAGCUGCUUCGAGUCCGUGGGAAGCCUCGAGGCAGAGACAAGCAAACUGUCCGUUCUGUCCUUGGCUUUGGCUACUGGAGCUAUUCAGACCUGGACCUCCGUGACUGACCCCUCGAACAAGUGGCGGAAACUUCGGUCAGGCUCCGUUAUCCUCCAGGCGGAGAUUUGGAAAUAUCGCACCCGAAUCGGGAAUUAUGCCAUUGCCCACGUGUCACAAGAUCCCACGCAGGGUGAUCGCCUGGCCGAGCAAAGUUUGCACAAGGCCAUCCGAACUGUCAGGGAAUCUGUUCUGGAAAGCUCUGGACUGUCGCAGACAAGCUUUUAUGCCAGCACCGCCUUGUGCAUGGAAGAUGCAGAGGAUGCUCCGGGCCCGAAGGCGCAUAAGCAGUACCCAGGGAGCAAGGAGGAGAUUCCCACAGCUGGAGACAACCACCACUCGCCAGCCAAUCCAGAAGAGUACAUCCGCUGGCGCAUCGAACCCAUGCUGCGUUUCUACCAAAGCCGCGUGCCCAUCUAUUCGCGGGUAUUGAUUUUCUUGCACGUGAUCUCAAUCGGCUCCUCCAUCCUUACGGCCGUGCUGGCGCUUGCGAAUCUGAACUCCUGGACACCCCUGGUGGUUGCCGUUUCCAGCAGCUUCGCAGCUUGGGAGGAGUUCGCGGCGACCGGGAAGAAGCUGCAGCGCUAUGCGGCAGCGAUCGACACCUUGAGCAGCUUAAUUAUGUGGUGGCAGUCUUUGACGUCUGUGGAUGAGGCAGAUACUCGAAACAUCGAGCACUUGGUAAAUACUGCCGAAGCGACCCUGGCAUCUGAACACACAGCUUGGAUGAGCGAUGCCCUGAAGGCACAGCAAAUGGUGGAGGAGAGUUUGCAAAAGCAUCGAGGAUGCGCCUCACAGUGCCCGGUGGUCGUGCAGGUGCAGCUCUUCCGCGCCCUGAACUCCGUGCAAACAGAGCUGAAGGCCGGCGCCGAUGCGCUGGAGUUGGACCUCUUCUGCUCUCCGACGGCUGCCAGCUGCAGAGCAACGAUGGAGUGGCUACACUGGACUUUGACGGCUCCGAAGCUGGACCUGCAAGGCUUUGCGGACUCCCAGCUGCGCAUGAAGGGUGACACGACAGCGAGAGAGAAGUCACUAGAAGGCCGGUCGUUGCAGGCAGCGCUGGAGCACAUGUACCCCUCCCAUCGGUGGCUGGACGAGGCGCCUGUGCAAGAUGUCAACCAGCUCACGCUGGGCAUGGUGAGGAAAGCCGCAGCUUCUUUGACGGCUGUUGAUGGGAUGGAGCUGGACAUCUGUGUUUGCAUCGCCAAGCUAGGCGACUCCGGGGGCCUCAUGCAUGAGGAGUUCCAAGAGGAGUCGGACCAGCAAUGUGAGGAGGAAGAGGCAGUGACAGAAAUGAGGAGGACGCUAGAAAGAGAGGUCCACCGCUGCAUGGGAGCGCUGCAAAGCGCCGGCGAGGGCCAGGCCUUUCCCACGCCGACGCCCUCCUCCUCCAGUCGAGGAACCGAGCUUCGGGUCCACAUUCCUGACAAUGAGGCACGAGCCAUGGUGCUUGUUGGUGGGAUCGCUCCUGGCUACUGGGGACGUGGUGAUGAGACCUGGCAGACCACCGCAAAGUACAAGAACUUCUCCUGGGGCCCUCGCGCAGAUCAGCACCCGCUUUAUCCGGUCAAAGCUACAGAGCUCAUGAUGGAGUGUCUCAGCACGCGGCUCUUGGGCCGAGUCAGAGACCAGUUGAGUCUCACCUACAACUGUGAUAUUGACCUGACCAUGUUCGAGGGCUUUGACGGUGGUCACUUCUUUCUGAAGGUCUUCACCUUUCCACAGACGCUGGCCCAAGCCGCGGUCGGCAGCUGUGACUGCGACUUCUUCUCAUUUGGCUGA